CCUACCUUUUGUGAUACGUAUCUUGAAAAUGGCGUGGGAAUAACCUUUGUGGUGUUAUGGUGACAACAUGACCUACAAACGAAUUCCUCUCUCCUACCACCAAUACAGGCACUUUACCCAUGGCCACAGCCACCUCUACUGAGCUUUUCUCCAGGGCAGAGGCACCCCACACUGCCCUCAGCAGUGGCCCACACUUGAAAGGCACAGCAGGGUGGCCACUCAGCACCCCAAAAACCACUUCACUGGCUCCCAGCAGGAGGGAAAACACAUUUAUGACUCUCACCACCUCCCCGUACCUUAAACCCUUUUCGGAAACAUUGCUGCAAUCUCCAGUCAGUUCCAGCACCUCAACAAUCCCAACAACCAAGUUUGUCAUCAAGGUUGAAACGACUCCACCUACCAUCCUUGUCCAUAUGAGCACCACAGAGUGCAUCAAUCCAACGAAUCUUAUAAUCACCACCACUUAUCCCACCACCACUUGUGUGACAAUGACCCAAGUGUCCUUAACCAACUCUUAUACCAACAUUCCUGGGACAGAGAAGUCAGGAGUAACCACCACCACUAGUGAUAACAUUACGAAAGAGAAAGACACCUCAGUCAUGACCUCUUCUCUCACGACCACAUCUCUCACACGCACGGUCACCCCAGGGACAACUGAAAACACCACUCCCACUGUCACCAUGAUCCCUGAAAGCUCAGUCAUAGUCAGCUCCCCCACUCCCUCAGCUCCUCACACGGCGGCGACGUCUACCUCAGACACGGUAACCACACCCACCCUCACAACACCAUACACCACUUCAGAGACCGCGUCCUCAAACACCCGAUCCACGGGAAGCACAACCACGUCUGCAGCAACACCUUCGCACCCUACCUCUGGUACCAGACUGACAUCCACAGUCGCAGCCCCGUCUUCUAUUAGUACACGUAUCCCAACCACAACACUGACAACCACCACCCCCACGUCCCUGGGCACCACUGGCCCCUUGACCACCACCAGCGAGUUCACCUCCACAUUGACUGCCUCCAGCACGUCCUCCUCCCCCACCUUCACCUCCUCUUCAUCGCCCACCUCCCACAGUGCGGAAACCAGCACAACCUCCGCCACAACGCCUAGCGCGUCGCCUACGCUCACGACCACGCACACCCCUCCACCUCCCUCCCUCUCGACCAGUGUUCCAGGUACAUCUGCAGGCUCCCCUUCCACGUCUGCCAGCAGUCCGGGGACGACGCAGACUGAGGGUGGCGCCUCAUCUGCAAGCAGCACACCUACACUGGGCACAAGCGCGCGGACCACCCCGGCACCCACCACCACCCACACGUUCACGACCUCGACCACCACGGGAACACCCUCCUCCACUAUUCCUUCUAGUGUUUCUCCCACACCAUCCUCCUCUACUUUGAAUACCCGUACAAAUGCCAUAAUUACCCCUUUCUGUACCAUCAUCCUUUCUUCCGCCUCCACAGUGAAAACAUCCUCUACUCUCUCUUCCAGCAGAGUAAGUUCAGAGUUCACCACUAGCUCUCUUCCUCCAUCCCCGCCCACCUCCAGUACAGAAAAUACAAAGUCUUCUCCCGUCACCACUUUUUCUACUCCCUCUUCGUCUGCUACUACAAGCUUUUCUACACCCCAGUCUCCUGUGAUCCCUAUUCUUACCAAAACAACCAUCACUCCUACUAUCUUUAGUUCUUCCACCACCCCAUGUCCAGAAACUAUAUCAAUUACAAUAGUGCCUGCUUCUUCCACUACUCCAUGUGUGGAAAUGGAUCCAACUCAUGAAGUAACCUUUACACCCAGCAUCUCAUUAUCAGUCAUUCCCUCUACCACUGAGAAGGUCACCGUUCCUGGAUACACCAGUAUGACUACUGUCUUUCCUACACCUCUGGACACUUCUACUUCAGUUCUCGAAACUGGUCCCCCCAACCUCAUUAGUGAUGCUCCUAGUUCUAUGAGCACUGGGGCCGUGCCCAUCAGCACAGUUUUGACAAGCACACAAAGACCCCCCAGUGGAACUUGGAUGAGCACCAACUCUGUAAAUACGCCACGUAUGCCGGGCUUUACUAGCCUCCCACUGACCACCGAACAAAGCAGCAGCGUUCCAACUGCCGUGACAACUUCAAGCAACUUGACUGCCUCCACCUCAACCACUACCCAGACUCCAAGAACACCGGUGACCACAACUCAGACUCCUACUACCCUCACGUCACCAAAGACAACUUCCACCACUACUCAGACAACCACUACUUCGACCACUACUCAGGCGACCAGCUGCCCAGGAACCUGUGAGAAUGAUGGCACCUGGAUUCAGGACCGCUGCCUCUGCCGCCCGGGGUUCUCUGGGGACCGCUGUGAGCGACAGGACAGCGUGUGCGAGAAUGAGGGUCAAUGGGAUGGCCUCAAGUGUGUUUGCCCCAGCACCUUCUAUGGCACCCGCUGUGAGUUUGCAGUAGAACAGAUGGAUUUUGAAACUGUGGACGCUGAAGUGGGCAUGGAGGUGGCUGUCGACCAGGAGUUCUUCCCGGAUCUCCAUGACAACACUUCCAAGGCCUACAAGGAUUUCAGUGACAACUUCCGCAGUCAGAUGCAGAAGAUUUACCAAAAUGUGCAGGGGUUCAAGGAUGUGGAGAUCCUGUCUCUGAGGAAUGGCAGCAUCGUGGUGGACUAUGUGGUCCUGCUGGAGUUGCCCUUCAGCUCCCAGUUGGAGACAAACUAUGAGAUGGUGAAGGCAGCCCUGAAAGACGAGCUUCACAAUGUCAGCCAGGACAUGGACAGCUGCCAGAAUAACCAGACCUUGUGUUUUAAGCCUGACUCCAUCACUGUGAGAAACGACACCAGGAUGGAGAUGACCCCACAAGCCAUCUGCCGUCGGGCCGCUCCCGAGGUCUAUGAGGAUUACUACUUCCCCUUGGAGGAGGAGAACCGGCUCCGCUGUGUCACCAACUGCACGUCAGACGUGGAAGGCGCCAUCAACUGUAACCAGGGCCAGUGCUUUGUGCAGAAGACUGGUCCUGAGUGCCGCUGCUUCUCCACGGACACGCUCUGGUUCUUGGGCCCACGCUGCGAGGUGGCCGUCCAGUGGAGGGCGCUGGUCGGGGGCCUGGCCGGGGCCGGAGCGCUGCUGCUGCUGCUGCUGCUGGCGCUGACAUUCUUCGUCAGGCGCUGGAGGAGGAGCGGCCGAGGCGGAGCCCGGUCCUGGGACUACGACAAGAAAUGGUUUGAGAUUUGGGAUGAGGACACCGCAGGGACUUUUUCCAACUCGGGCUUCCAGGAUGACCAACCUUUCAAGGAUGAAAAUUUCCAGGUGGCCUUGGAGAUGGUGGACACCAAUGUGAGGGUGCACACCCAGAGACCUGAGGUGGACUUGUCCUCGAUGUGAGCCCUGCCCUACCCUGUCCACCUGCCCUGGACAGCGGGAAGGAAGCAUCUGCUCUGCAUCCAUUUCAAGAGAUGGCCAAGGACUCAUGCAGCUCAGCCUCCUGGAAUCCUGGGCAAAAUCAGACUGUCCCCAGACCGGCACGCUCUCAACUUGGAUGAAACCCACCUGCAAACCCAGGUCAAACCCAGGAUCUUCCACUGUGGGACCUUGGGCAGCUCAGUAGCUUCUCUGAACUUGUAAAAUGUGUAUAGCAUACUUGUCCUGAUACCUUGAACAGUCAUUGUGCAAACCAGAUGUGGUCGCUCAGAUCUCUGUCCCAAUGCACCUUCCUGUGUCAGCCCUCAUCUAUGUGGCCUCUCUCAGAUUCCCAGUCCCCACAUCCUUUGCCCAUCUCAGGCCUCAGUCUCUUGUUCCCUGUGCACAUCCCUACCACCUGCCUCCCAACACCUGUCGCCAGCCUUCAACCCAUCCCUGCCUCCUACCGUCUGCUAAGGUGACUCUCUACGGUGCCCCUUCCCCCAUUCCUUAUAUCUUCUCCCCGUCUAAACCCACUUCUUAAUCACGCCUCUCCCCUAUCCAGCUCCCAGCCUUACAUCUCUCCCCAUUUAUGUUUUCUCCCCUUACCCAUCCUUGUUCCUUCCACCCUAAAUCCUUAACCCCCAUCCCAGCGUCCCAGUCCUAAGUCCUUCCCUGCCCCACCCCUGUCCCUAUGCCCACUGCCACUUAGGACCCCUAGCUGGUACUCCCCAGGCCCUAGUUCCCCCUUCUGAGGCUCCAUCCCUUCCUCUCCCCCAAGGGCCCUGGAUGCCCGUGGGUGGGGGUGGGAUGUGGGGUGUGUGUUUCCAGGUCCUCCAGGAUGAGGGGAAGUGGGACCCUGAGGUGAGGAAGCUCCCUCAGCCCCCUCCUCCUUUCCUAACUCCAUCCCCUCCCUUACUGCCUCACCUCUCUUUCCGACCCCCUUGCCAGCUCCUCCUCUCCCUUCCUCUCCCGGGUCUCACCCCAUCCCUGCAAUAGCCUCUCAGCCCAGAAGCCCACAGCCUCCUUCGCAGGAAGGUCUCAUUUGGGGACAGGAAUUCUGCAAUCCUCCAAUUCUCCCAUGUGAAUGCAAUAUAGCAUUUAUUGUAAACGA